ACAUGGCCGAGUUGUUGAUCCAGUGCCACUGUGCUGUUUACAUAAUGUUUGUCAGCAAUCCAUUCCUGAUGUCUUGCUUGCUUGCGAGAUUACAGAGAUGAAACGCUGAGAUUACCCCCUACUCCCCACUGAGGCGAUAAGCAGGAGCUGUGAUAAACCUCCCUUCUGUGAUAGACACAUGCACUGUGUAUGUGGGUUACUUUCAUUGACAGGUCCAGGGUCCACCAGGGAAUGGGGACUAUUUGGAAGUGACACACACCUGUUUGCUCACACAUCUGUCCUGAUUAGCAAAACAUGCUUAGGGGGGAAUUUUCCACAGAAGGGAUUGGGUAACUGUGUAAUCGGAUGGUGGUUGUGUCAUUGCCACCAUGCGCGACCUCAAGAAGAAGGACAAGCUGGUGGAGGCAGCGGGCGAUGCCUAUGGGCAGACCCUGACUCUCCAGCCCCUGGACGUGUGCAGCGACGAGUCUGUCAAACAGUGCGUCAACAGCGUCAAGGACCGCCAUAUCGACAUCCUCAUCAACAAUGCAGGAAUCGGGCUCCUGGGACCCAUUGAGAGCAUCAGUAUGGAAGAGAUGAAGAAGGUGUUUGAGACGAACUUCUUCGGCAUGGUGCGCAUGAUCAAGGAGGUGAUUCCUGACAUGAAGAAGCGCAGGUCCGGCCACAUUGUCGUCAUGAGCAGCGUCAUGGGCCUGCAAGGUGUGGUGUUCAAUGAUGUCUACACAGCCUCCAAGUUCGCCGUGGAGGGUUUCUGUGAGAGCCUAGCAGUGCAGCUGCUCAAGUUCAAUGUGAAUAUGUCACUGAUCGAGCCGGGGCCAGUGCAUACUGAGUUCGAGAUGAAGAUGAUGGAGGAUGUAGCAAAGAUGGAGUUUCCCGGAGCAGACACAGACACCAUACGCUACUUUAAGGACGUCUACAUACCGUCCUCCAUGGACAUCUUUGAGGCCAUGGGCCAAACUCCAGAAGACAUUGCCAAAUGUACCAAGAAGGUGAUUGAGUCCAGUCGACCCCGCUUCAGGAACCUGACCAACAGUUUGUACACGCCCAUCGUGGCCAUGAAAUACGCGGAUGAGACGGGCGGACUGUCGGUGCACACCUUCUACAACCUCCUCUUCAACUUUGGCCCGCUCAUGCACUUCUCCAUGACCAUUCUGAAGUGCUUGACAUGCAGUUGCCUGCGUAGGCGCACUAUCUCACCAAACUGACAGGAGGCAGCAGUGAGUCGUCCUGGCUCAGGCUCGCUCGCUCUGUUGCACUGUGAUCUAGCUGUCCCUGAGUUUAGCGGGUUAAAAAGCAUUAGAGCACACUCAGACACAGGCCUCUGCGUUUUUGUGCUAAAUGAUAGUAAAUGCCGGGCAGUCUAAAAUCCAUCCUCUCCUAAAGUAACUUCCUGGAAGCCUAACAUCCAUCCUGUCAUGCAAACAUAUCAAUACACGUAUCUGUGAACAGAAGGGGUAUUCAGAAAAUGUGGCACUUUCCAGUGGUCUAUAAUAGAUGUACAAGUUCCAUGGAAAAACGUGAUCUAAUCAUUUACACAACCUAACAUCACACAGCAUUGAAAUCUUCUGAAUUCAGACAAACUCACAAACAGCGAGUGGCUGACCGGUCAGUGCAAGUCGCUCACAGUCACUUUAUAUGGUGUAUGCCUGCUGUUAAAUUGUUUAAAGCUGUUUUUAAAUGUGAUAUUUUUGAAAGGCAUGAUUUUGAAAUAAAAUAACAUUUCGAUUUGAUGGAGUAGCCUAUCUGAAAUAUAGUAUUUGCUUUAAAACAAUACAAAAUAAAUAUAGUUUCAAACACUA